ACCUUGCAGUCUGGGACAUCCAUAUAACUAGCUUGGCUAGCUUGCAACUAGCCGGCUGUUAACACUAUUUAGUUUCCCGUUUCUGUAUUUAUAAUGUAUUGUUUCGGAGAACAUAUAGACGUUCUCACAGUAAGUAUAUAUUAUUUACUAGCUAGCUACUAACAGUAAAGGUGAUACAUAACCGUAUUAAGACCCUUGCUAGAUGUUGAUCAGUGACCACUGCAGCUGCCAUCCAGCAUGGACGAAGGGACCUUGGAGGCGGCCAUCUCGGCCUACGAGGCUCAGCGACAGCAGGUGGAGGGCGCUCUGUCCGCCUGCCUGGACCCCACGCAGCAGACCGACCUCCUCCAACUGAAAGAGGAUCUCACUCAGCUCAUCGAACUGACAGAGGCCAGCUUGGUGUCCGUCAAAAAGAGCCGUCUCUUGGCGUCUCUUGAGGAGGGAAACUUGUUUCUAUCACAGACCGCGGACGGUGCGUCGGCAACCGGCGGCGGCGGUGGCCUGGACAACGAGUUUGCCGCCUUCUACUCUGAGGUCGGAGAAGUCUCCGGAAGCAGCUCGGACACACGGGAGAGAGGGGACGAGAGGGACGAUGAGCGAAAAGAUGAUAACGGAGAAGAAGAGGAGGAGGAAGAGGAGGACACUCUCAGUGGCACCAAGGUGCGAGCCCCCUACCGCACCUCCUGGGGCGUGCUGGAGUACCACAACGCCAUGGUGGUGAACACAGAAAGGCCAGAUGGGGAGGAGGCCCAGGUCAGGGUUCUGUAUGUCCAUCCCACUCAGAAGUCCAUGAAACCGUGUCCCUACUUCCUAGAGGAUAAGUGUCGCUUCCUGGAUGACUGCAGGUUCUCCCAUGGUGAAGUAGUGCGUGUGUCGGAGCUGAGAGCGUUCCUGGAGGCCGACCUCAGUAACCUCCAAGAGGGCUCGCCCUGCCUGGCUCGACAUGAAGAUGGGAUCUGGUACCCAGCUAGAAUAACAGAUAUCGACCACGGCUUCUUCAUGGUGAAGUUCAACUCACUGCUGCUGAAAGACGCCAUGUUGGAGGCGGAUGGGGUCAUCCCACCAAUGAGAGACGACGACUCGCUCUCCUCCGACUCGUCCGAGGAUGAAGACCUGAUAGAUGGGGAGGCAGCCUUUGCCAGAGUUUUGGACCACUCCCAAGAGGAUGACAGGAUCCAGUCUAGCGGUUCUUCCUUUGGGGGCUGGGAGGCACACACAAGAGGCAUCGGCUCCAAGCUCAUGCUUAAAAUGGGAUACGAAUACGGGAAAGGUUUGGGCAAGACCUCUGAGGGCAGAGUCGAGCCGGUCCUAGCGGUGGUUCUCCCCAAAGGCAAGUCCCUGGACCAGUGUGCUGAGCUCACUGGGCGCAGGACCCAGAGCAAGACCUCGAACAACGGCGAAAAGGCGGCCAACAAAAAGAAGAGGAGGAAGAGGAAGGGCCGAGCGGGUCCCUCUGGGGGCCGCCGCAACGUGUUUGACUUCCUCAACCGCAAACUGGGGGACGGGGAGGCGGACGGGGAGGCGGACGGCGGUGCGGACGGCGGUGGGGGCCCCGCCCCCGCUCCGUCACCGCGGGGGUCGGGGGUGGAGGCAUACAGGGGGGGUAAGAACGCCAAGAGGAGCCUGAACGUGAAGGUGUUCCAGGCUGCGGAGAGAGUGAUCCAGACUGAGAGGGAGAUCCAGAGGCUGACUGAGUCGCUCAGGAGACGCAGUGGGAGGGAUGUAACCAUGGUGAGCCACCUAGAGGAGAGGCUGAGUGCGGCGCGCAGCCUGCUGACGCAGCAGAAGGCCCAGGAGAUCUCCGUUCAGAGGGAAAACAGGAAGGCCGACACGCACAAGAAAAUGACCGAGUUUUAAACUUUUACUGGCCAAUCGUUGGAGGCACAAAUAGACAGGACUGUCAAGGAGACCUUCUUGUGUCGAAGGACACAAAAGACUAUUUACAUGUUUUGUAAGGAUUUAGUUUUUGUGCGGCUAAUGGCUACAUGCAUUUGUGAGUUUUGUUUGUUUUGGUGUAACUGAAUUUCUUCAACUUUGAUCAUGGGAAGUCUUUGACUGUUUGGUCCGCCUUGUUUUUUCUCGUUAACACCAAUUCUUCUACAGUUAAAAAAUGUUUCAACACAAGUGGAUUAUUCCUUUUUUGGGGAAGAUUAGUUUGCCAAAAUCAAUGGAUGAAACUGUACCUGAUCAUACAUUGUAAAUAUAAACUUCAUGUACGUAAAAAGAAAGCUAUUUGUGCUAUAAUUUCUGAGGCUUAUGUUUUUGUGUUGGUUGAUAGGCGGUUGAUUUACAACUGGCUUUGAUAGGCCACUCAACCGUUCUAGAGUUUUGAAGUUAAGCAUUUUCCUUCUCCCUGACUCCUUCUUCCUACUUGUCUUACUGAAGCCAUGGAUCCAUUCUUCUUUUUUUUUUUUCAGAAAGUGGGCGACUGAUUUCUGCCUCACAAUGUGUAGACAUAGUCUGAAGGCGUAGAUGUAGUGAUUUAAUCUACUGAUCCAGACACGUUUUAUCUCACUUCUCUCUCAAACACAUUAUUAAAAAGGUUGAAGUCGUGGUUCCAGAUAAGAUACCUGUUUGCUUGAAAGGGAAGACAUAUUAGGAGGAGCUACGGUUUGAGGACGCAUCAUUUUCUUCCCAAUUUGAGGGUUAUGGUGUUCUUGAUCCGAGAGUUACAGGUUUGUGUUGAGAGAUGUAGAUGUGUUUACCAUGACCCUGUUUGUUUCUCAGUUGGUGUUUAAUGGGUUCCUUUGUGGCUACGCCUUGCCGAAGUCGUUCCUUGAUUGCUUGAAGUCAUUCGACAGUGAGUCAGCACAAACAAAAGUAACACAUCCAGGUAUGUGAGAGAGAGACAGAGAGAAAUACAGAGA